CUAACACUUCGUUAACGAACAUCAGUCUUUGUACAAAAUGAAAUUCUUCGUCUUCGUUGUGUUUUUCGCUUUGGUAGCGGCAGCUUUCGCUAACCAAUACGGGCACGGUGGCCAACAACACCACGGUGGUAACCCACACGGUGCCCAAGGACAACACGGUGGUCAACAUGGAAUUGGUGGAGGCCAACAUGGUGGUCAACAUGGUAGUCAACAUGGAAUUGGUGGAGGCCAACAUGGUGGUCAACAUGGUGGACAGCAUGGUGGAUAUGGAGGUCAUCAUUAGGCCCUCACUUGAAAUUGACCCAAAUAAAUACAUUUCAUAGAA